AUGAAGCUGAUGGCCCUGCAGCUGCUGCUCUGGCACGGUGCACUCUGGACGGUGCAAGAAGCCACCCCCCUCGGCCCUGCCAGCUCCCUGCCCCAGAGCUUCCUGCUUAAGUGCUUAGAGCAAGUGAGGAAAAUCCAGGCUGAUGGCACUGAGCUGCAGGAGAGGCUGUGCACCACCCACAAGCUGUGCCACCCUGAGGAGCUGGUGCUGCUUGGGCACUCUCUGGGCAUCCCCCAGGCUUCCCUGAGUAGCUGCUCCAGCCAGGCCCUGCAGCUGACAGACUGCCUGAGCCAACUGCACGGCGGCCUCUUCCUCUACCAGGGCCUCCUGCAGGCCUUGGCGGGGAUCUCCCCAGAGUUGGCCCCCACCUUGGACAUACUGCAGCUGGACGUCACCGACUUUGCCACCAACAUCUGGCUGCAGAUGGAAGACCUGGGGGUGGCCCCUGCCGUGCAACCCACCCAGGGCCCCAUGCCGACCUUCACCUCGGCCUUCCAGCGCCGGGCAGGAGGGGUCCUGGUUGCCUCCAAGCUGCAGAGCUUCCUGGAGCUCACGUACCGUGUCCUGCGCUACCUGGCCGAGUCCUGA